UCGGUCUGAGAACACGACCGUCAACGCGUCGCUCGUCCUCGCGUUAUAUAUACAUAAAUACGAUUUUUUUCCGCCGAAUUUCACCGCCAAUUAUACGCUUACUAAGCUACUAUUUAUUAUUGUUAUUAAUAUUAUUACGACGAUAAAAUAUGUUCUGUAAGCGCGAGCAACGGCAAUAAUCGUUUCGAUCACGUGUUUUUUUUCACACGAGUUUACGAUUGGUUUUUUCUGCAGCUCAUAGCCGACGCAUAACAUAAUAUCAGCACGCUGAAUGUGCGUUGCAUAGCGCAACAGAAAAUUCGUGUGUCGAUCACCUAUCUUGCAGUUGAAGAACGAACCGCGACCACGGCGCGCUUCAUAUUUCAGAACACGCGAUGACGUUACGACGAUGACCUUGUGCGAGUCUUCCGAGGAGAAGGCGUCUCCAACAAAGUUAACAGCUUACCGAAAGGCGAUCGACAAUUUGGACAACGACCGGAAAUGGCAAACCGAUACGGCUGUUGGAAAAAGAAUCGGUCUAUACAAGCUGAGCGGGGAGCUGGGCAAAGGCAAUUUUUCGCAAGUGAAAACUGGAUACCACGAACUGACCAAAGAACGAGUGGCAAUCAAAAUAUUAGACAAGACAAAAUUGACAGCGAAAGCGAAGAAAAUGCUAUCCCGGGAGAUCUCCGUCAUGGAAUCGAUACAUCAUCAAAACGUUAUUCGACUGUUCGAAGUAAUCGAGACGUACACGAAAUAUUAUUUGAUAAUGGAGCAUGCGGCAGCCGGGGAAUUGUUCAAAAGGUUGAUAUCCGAGGGCAGAAUGCACGAGUCGGAAGCGAAAAAUAUUUUCUCUCAAAUCGUGUUGGCCGUCAAACACUUGCACGACCGCAACAUCGUUCACAGAGACAUCAAAGCGGAGAACGUGUUCUUGAGCUCCAGAGGCGUCGCCAAAUUAGGAGACUUUGGCUUUAGCAUCACAGUCUCAAACGACGAAAAAUUGGAGACGUUCUGCGGGUCCCCGCCGUACGCCGCUCCCGAACUGUUCCUGGACGAGCGUUACGUCGGCCGUCCCGUCGACGUGUGGUCGCUGGGCGUGCUGUUGUUCUUCAUGACCACCGCCACGAUGCCAUUCCUGGGCGACAAUAUGGCCGGGCUGAGGCGGUCAAUACUGGCGGGGCACGUGAACUCGCCCGCGUGUAUGUCCCAGCUGUUAAAGUCACUCAUAGAAUCCAUGCUCAACACGUCGCCCGAACACCGGUUCGACAUAGAUCAGGUGCUCAAGUCCGACUGGCUGCGAGAGGCAUCUGCGUAUCAGAUACGGUUUAACAAUAACUCGGUAUACGGUCAGUGGUGCGCUUACCCGACGGCGGCUGGAACUGAAAUCACCGACACUGAGUCGAAUGCUAGACGGGCACUAGAAGUACUUGGCAUAACCGAAGCCAUGCUCGAGGAACACAGUUCCAGAGGAUCUAGGAGUAACGUGGUGGCCACGUACCGGAUAGUUGUCAACAGGCUAUUGCAGCAGCGCAGGCUCAUGGGUCAGCAGCAUCACAUGCAACAUCAGAACUCGACCAUGCAGCAUCCACAGACGGCUUCCGGCCGGAAACCCACCAAGACCAAGUCCCGGUUGUGUGCCAUAACGUGAGCACCGGAACAGCGACCACUGCCGCUAUUAGCCCAACAAGCACACACACACACACACACACACACGAGACGCCCACAUAAACACUCCUAUAACUCAAUCGCCACCCCCCGGCCGAAAUUGAAUGCGGCCAUACGUUUAUAUAUACAUAUAUAUAUUCGUACAUAAUAUCUAUCGAUUAUUAUAUAAUUAUGAAACGUAUUAUUGUACGAUAUUUUUUUACUAUGUAGAACGCUGCAGAGUUUAAGACAUGCCUAACUAUUGGCAAAAUAUCGAAUAGUCUAGUGUGUGGUUAUUGAGUAUAUUUUAUAAUAUUUGUAAUAUUGUACCACCUAUUAACUAUACGUAACUAUAGUGUACGCCUGCGUUCGUUCGUUAUAUAAAUUUAUAGUAUUUUAUUAAUGUAUAAUAUAUGUACACAAGUACACAAAGUGCCAUCGAUACACUUAAUGAUUGCCUAUACAUAACAUUAGAUUGAUACGAAUACGUAUUAAUAAUAUAUUAUCAUGUAAUAUGGCCACGUCAGUGUUGCAUUUUACUGUUAUAGAUGUACAACAAAUGACGUGUUGUUAUAGACUAAUAAGUGUAUACAACUAUACGAGAUCAUACACAUAGUUUAUUAAGCAAAUAUUAUGUUAUAAUAUUAUAGUACCUAUACAUAAUCUAGUUAAUAUAUAUUAUACAGACUGUUUUCGAUGAAUAUAUAUAUAUAUAUAGACAUUAUACUUGUUAUUAUUCGACGGUGAAAUAAUAUUACCAAUGGUUUUUUUUUAUUAUUAUUGAAUUUGAAUCUAUAUAUAUAUAUAUAUUAUGUUAUUAAGCUUAAGCAUUGAUAUAUGUAUCUGAACAUUUCGUGUUAUUAUAAUAUUAUAGUUUUAAGUUCAUAUACGGUGUACCUAUUAUAUUAUUAUAGUUCUUCAAAAAACUGACAUUUUGUCUACAACAUCCAGAUAUUAUCAUUGUAUUACGAAUUUACUCGAGACCAUUUUACUAUGUCUAUAUUCAACCGAUAAGAGUUGAACAAUACUCUAUAUACCUCGAUUGAAAAAAUAUAUUGACCUGAUAAAACA